AUGGAUUGCGUCGGCGAUCUCCAAACGAAUCUCCUCAACUUUUUGUCGGCGGCAGAGCCCGGAGUCCUCGACGAGCUGUCGCCGCUCCAGCGGGCACGUGCUUUCCUCGUGCUCGCCCAGUCUGCUUCCUCUUUGUUGGCAGUGAGAUUGAGGUGCAGUGGAAUUCGACCAGAUGAUCAUCCUGUCAAGACUGAGAUUGAGAGGUUGAGCUUGUGUGAGGGGAAAUUGGAGCGAUUUGGUAAUUGGAACAAAGCACCACUGCGGCCAUCGACUACCCUAAAUCGUCAGGCAGCAACACGAUUCAUUGGACGUUCGCUACCAGAUUUGACACCAGGACAAAGGCAAAGUAUGAGGGAGAUUAGUAGAGGAGAAGGGGACACAAGGAGUCGAUUUCCUGAAAACCACAGAUCGCAGAAGAAAAGAAAACACUCGUCGAGGGAGAAGCAAUCCGUACGUGCCGCCGCUCAAGAGUUUCUUGAGAAAGCAGCUCGUGAGCUUCUUGGCCCUGAGGAUCAUACGGUGAAGGGUCCUUUGCGGGAUGAGAUUUGUGAUGACGAGGAUGAACUUGUAGGCUGAUUAAUUAGUUAUUAAUCGGCUCUUCAGGUACCAUCUAAAAUGCAACUAGUGGGGUUCUAAACUUUGUCUUUUAAGUGAUUAUUAUUAAAUAAUAGCGUAAAAUGUUUACCAUUGCUUAGUUAUGUUAAAUGCCUUAGGUUGGAGUAUAUACGAGAACUAUUCUUAAAUACAUAUAUACAUUUGGUAUUAUAAGAAAAUGUUUAAGAUGUGACUUGA